GCAUGUUGUAGUGUUGUUUAUUGGAAAGUUAGUGAGAGUACUGGCUCAAGAAGAAAGGAGGAGAUAGUAUGAGUAAUGCUAUAGCACAGACUACCUCACAUUGCAGUAAUGGGCUACUGUAUGCAAGCUGGAACCAGGACCAAGGCUGUUUUGCUUGUGGGAUGGAGAAUGGUUUUAGGAUAUACAACACUGAUCCACUGAAAGAGAAGGAGAGACAAGAUUUCGUUGAUGGUGGGUUUGGUCAUGUGGAGAUGUUGUAUCGUUGCAAUUACUUGGCACUAGUCGGUGGUGGACCUCGUCCUAAAUACCCACCUAACAAAGUCAUCAUAUGGGAUGAUCUGAAGAAAUCACAAGUAGCAGAGCUUGAGUUCUCAUCAGACGUUCGAUCAGUCAAAUUGAGCCGAGACUUGAUUGUUGUCAUACUUGACGACAGAAUUAGUAUAUUUUCGUUUUCAAAGAAUCCAGCCGAACAGCACAGAAUACAAACCACACCCAAUCCUUAUGGCGUCUGUGUCCUUUGUCCCAACAAUAAUAAUUCUCUUUUAGCUUUCCCCGGGACUGAGAUCGGUCACGUGAGUCUCGUUGAUUUAGCAAACAUGAGACGGGCCCCAGUUGACAUCCCAGCACAUGAAGCAGCUGUUACGUGUCUAGCUUUUAAUCUACAAGGAUCAAGAUUAGCUACAGCGUCAGAAAAAGGUACUUUAAUUAGAGUUUAUGAUACUAAUAAACACGACCAGCUACUUGAAUUGAGAAGAGGAGCUGCUAAUGCACACAUAUACUGCAUAGCAUUUAAUCAUGAUUCUUCAUUCAUGUGUGUAUCAAGUGAUCACGGUACUGUGCAUGUAUUUGCUAGUGAGGACCCAGCAAGGAACAAGCAAUCCAAAAUGGCAAAGGCUGGCGGUUUGUUACCUAAGUACUUCAGUUCAAGAUGGAGUUUUGCGAAAUUCAAUGUCCCAGAUGGGCAGCCUUGCAUAUGUGCUUUCGGAAGUGAUAAGAAAUCCAUAAUAGCUAUAUGUGCAGAUGGGAGUUAUUUCAAAUACUCUAUCACUUCUAAAGGCGAAUGUCUACGUGAAACGUUCUCAAAGUUUCUCCAGAUGACAGACGACUAGUUUUAUUAUUUUAUUUUAUUUUGUUAUGAUAAUUAUUUUUAUAACGUUUGUACUCUUUUUUUCUUUUCUAUUUUUCCAUUCUUGCUCCCUUUCCUUCCUUCUCACUGCUUCUUUCCACUACUCUAUAGUUUUAUAUUUUUUUUGCGUCAGGCUUCAUUAUUUUAUUAUGCAGUACUGCGCUGCUAAGCCAA